GGGCUCAUGGCAGGAGGGAACCAGACCAGCAUCUUGGAGUUCCUCCUCUGGGGACUCUCCGAGCGGCCAGAGCAGCAGCGCAUCCUCUUCCUGCUGUUCCUGUGCAUGUAUGUGGUCACCGUGACUGGGAACCUGCUCAUCGUUCUGGCCAUUGGCACCGACGCACGUCUUCACACACCCAUGUACUUCUUCCUCGCCAGCCUGUCCUGUGCUGACAUCCUUUUCACCUCCAGCACUGUGCCCAAGGCCCUGGUGAAUAUCCAGACCCAGAGCAGGUCCAUUUCCUAUGCGGGAUGCUUGGCCCAGCUUUACUUCUUCUUGACUUUUGGGGACAUGGACAUCUUUCUCCUGGCCACAAUGGCCUAUGACCGCUACGUGGCCAUCUGCCACCCUCUCCACUAUAAGAUAGUCAUGAGCCGCCAGCGCUGCACCCUCCUGGUUACUGCCUGCUGGGUCCUUACGAGUCUUGUUGCCAUGACCCACACUUUCCUCAUCUUUCGACUUUCCUUUUGCUCUAAGAAGAUCAUUCCUGACUUCUUCUGUGAUCUGGGACCUCUGAUGAAAGUGUCUUGCUCUGACACUCAGGUCAAUGAGCUUGUGCUGCUCUUCUUGGGAGGAGCAGUCAUUUUAAUCCCCUUUAUACUCAUCCUGGUCUCGUAUAUCCACAUUGUUUCAGCCAUCCUCAGAGUCCCCUCUGCCCAGGGAAGGCACAAAGCCUUUUCUACAUGUGGGUCCCACCUUGCUGUUGUUGCCCUCUUCUUUGGGACAGUGAUCAGGGCCUAUCUGUGCCCCUCAUCCUCUUCCUCCAACUCCAUAGAAGAGGAUACGGCUGCUGCUGUCAUGUACACAGUGGUAACUCCCCUGCUGAACCCCUUCAUUUACAGCCUGCGGAACAAGGACAUGAAGUGUGCCCUGGCGAGAUGUCUCAGGGGCAAAGUCUUCUUUUCCUUGGGCCAGGGACCUCCGAGGUGAUACUGCAGGUGUCCUCCAUGCCC